GGAGACCCUGCCUGCCUCCGUGGCCCAGGCGCAGGCAGCCGGCUCGGCGGCGGCGGGCAGGGCCGCUGGCGGCGGCGGAGAGGCUGCGGAUGGGAGCAGCAGGCCAGACACGCCGGCCUCGGAUGUGGCAGAGAUAACUGCUACACUGCCUUAUGCACGUGUAUUUCACAGUCACUUCCCCCAAAGAAUCCUGUUUUUGUAACAGUGCUUGCUCUAAUUAAAUCUGGGCAUUUGCGGUCGAGUCAGGAACCUGCUGAUAACCAGAGAUGAAAACGAUUUUUCAGUUGAGUGAACUCCAGCUUGACUGAUUACAGUAUGCCAACCUUUCCUACUUCCUUAUUGUUUUCUUAAGUAUAUGCUAAUAAAACAUCUUAGGCUUUUCAAAGAAAAGAGUACAUUUUAUUGUCUGGGAACUCCAGCAUCCCAGAAACUCCAGAAGCUAAGAGGACUACAAAACUAUCUUAUUUCAAGAAUCAAAGAGGGGUACAUUUCUUAGACGUGUCUUCAGACAGUGAAGAUGAAGAGCCAAACAACUUCCGUGCUGCAAAAGAAAACGGUGCUCCAAGAAAAGAUCUGAUUGUAAUCUCCAAACAAUCUGAUGAUGAACAGCCUGAAGAUGAACUACCCAAACUGGCAUAUAUAAAUGGUGGGGAUCAAGUGCUGGGCAUGGAGGAGGAUGUAGAAGAUGAUAUCAGAGAUGCAAAGGUGCAAACGCUGAAGGAACUUUUUCCCCAAAGAAGUGAUUGGGAAUUAUUACAAUUGAUAGAAUCAGCUUGCACAAUGGAUGAAGCGAAAGCUGCUGGUGUGAAGUUCGGUGGUGGAGCUGUCUCUCGUAAAAGAAGACUAGAACGUUCUACCAAAAAUCGUGAUGGCAAGGAUGGCCAAGUCACAAAAAAGCAAAAGGCUAAUUCCCAGGGCAGAUCAGAAUCUGCAAAAGAAUGGGAGAGGAAAGAGAUGCUUGUAAAGAAGCUGCAAAACAAUUUUCCUGGAUUGGAUAAGGAGGACCUGAGAGGUGUACUUCAGGAACAUAACUGGGUCUUUUAUGAAGCUCUGGAGGCCCUGAGAGUAUUUGCAGAAGACCAUGAGGAUACGGAACAUCCUUCCAAAAGUGAAGUUUCUAGUUGGAACCAAGUCUCCGAAGACAGCGGAAGUGAGGAGAAUGAAGUGAAGCUGGAAGAGAAAUCUUCUGUGAAAGAGCAGAAUGGCUCUGGGAAAAAGGAUAAAGGCAAAAAAAGCGUUUGGCACAUUAAAAGAGAAAUGGAGGAUUCAGAGGAUGACUCGGAGGACGACUCAGCUUUGGAAGGUGGCAGCUCCCUUGAUGAGGACUACAGCAGCGGUGAUGAGGUGAUGGAGGAUGGUUGCAAAGCUAAAAUCCUUAGCUUCCUGCAAGAUGCUUCCCCGAGCGAACUCGCUUUGAUUCCCCAGUGUUCUCAGAAAAAGGCUCAGAAGAUAAUAGCGCUCCGGCCCUUUAACAGUUGGGAAUCACUGUUUACGAAAAUGACUAAAACUACUGGCUUAUCAGAAGACGUAGUAUGGAACUGCAAGAUACUGCUGAAAGAAAGGGAUGUGGUUCUAAAACUCAUGAAUAAAUGUGAAGACAUUUCAAAUAAACUGACAAAACAAGUAACCAGCAUCACUGAAGAUGGAGGAUAUGGAUGGAACAUAGAGCAACCCUCCAUUUUGAAUCAGAGUUUGGAACUGAAGCCGUAUCAGAAGGUUGGGUUGAACUGGUUAGCACUUCUGUAUAAACAUGGGUUGAAUGGUAUUUUGGCUGAUGAAAUGGGCUUAGGAAAAACAAUUCAAGCUAUUGCAUUUCUGGCAUAUCUCUACCAAGAGGGCAAUAAAGGUCCCCACUUGCUAGUUGUGCCAGCUUCGACGUUGGAUAACUGGAUAAGAGAAGUUCAUCUGUGGUGUCCUGAACUGAAUGUCCAUUUUUAUUAUGGAUCCCAAGAAGAUCGGAAGCAUCUCGAGGUGGACAUUAAUAAUAAAGUUGUAGAUUUCAAUGUGAUUUUAACCACGUAUAACUGUGCAAUUAGCAGUGCCUCUGACAGAAGUCUGUUUCGCAGGCUGAAACUUAACUAUGCAAUUUUUGAUGAAGGUCAUAUGCUAAAGAAUAUGAGCUCUGUACGCUACCAGCACCUCAUGAGGAUUAAUGCAAAGAAUCGCUUACUGCUAACAGGAACUCCAGUUCAGAAUAAUCUGUUGGAAUUGAUGUCUCUCUUGAAUUUUGUCAUGCCGCAUAUGUUUAGUAGUAGCAAGAGUGAAAUCCAAAAGAUGUUUUCUUCAAAAACAAAGAGUGCUGAAGAACAAAGUAUAUAUGAAAAGGAGAGGAUUGCACAUGCAAAGCAGAUAAUAAAGCCAUUCAUCUUGAGAAGAGUAAAAGAUGAGUUGAUAGAAUCAGCUUGCACAAUGGAUGAAGCGAAAGCUGCUGGUGUGAAGUUCGGUGGUGGAGCUGUCUCUCGUAAAAGAAGACUAGAACGUUCUACCAAAAAUCGUGAUGGCAAGGAUGGCCAAGUCACAAAAAAGCAAAAGGCUAAUUCCCAGGGCAGAUCAGAAUCUGCAAAAGAAUGGGAGAGGAAAGAGAUGCUUGUAAAGAAGCUGCAAAACAAUUUUCCUGGAUUGGAUAAGGAGGACCUGAGAGGUGUACUUCAGGAACAUAACUGGGUCUUUUAUGAAGCUCUGGAGGCCCUGAGAGUGUUUGCAGAAGACCAUGAGGAUACGGAACAUCCUUCCAAAAGUGAAGUUUCUAGUUGGAACCAAGUCUCCGAAAACAGCGGAAGUGAGGAGAAUGAAGUGAAAAUGGAAGAGAAAUCUUCUGUGAAAGAGCAGAAUGGCUCUGGGAAAAAGGAUAAAGGCAAAAAAAGCGUUUGGCACAUUAAAAGAGAAAUGGAGGAUUCAGAGGACGACUCAGAGGACGACUCAGCUUUGGAAGGUGGCAGCUCCCUUGAUGAGGACUACAGCAGCGGUGAUGAGGUGAUGGAGGAUGAUUGCAAAGCUAAAAUCCUUAGCUUCCUGCAAGAUGCUUCCCCGAGCGAACUCGCUUUGAUUCCCCAGUGUUCUCAGAAAAAGGCUCAGAAGAUAAUAGCGCUCCGGCCCUUUAACAGUUGGGAAUCGCUGUUUACGAAAAUGACUAAAACUACUGGCUUAUCAGAAGACGUAGUAUGGAACUGCAAGAUACUGCUGAAAGAAAGGGAUGUGGUUCUAAAACUCAUGAAUAAAUGUGAAGACAUUUCAAAUAAACUGACAAAACAAGUAACCAGCAUCACUGAAGAUGGAGGAUAUGGAUGGAACAUAGAGCAACCCUCCAUUUUGAAUCAGAGUUUGGAACUGAAGCCGUAUCAGAAGGUUGGGUUGAACUGGUUAGCACUUCUGUAUAAACAUGGGUUGAAUGGUAUUUUGGCUGAUGAAAUGGGCUUAGGAAAAACAAUUCAAGCUAUUGCAUUUCUGGCAUAUCUCUACCAAGAGGGCAAUAAAGGUCCCCACUUGCUAGUUGUGCCAGCUUCGACGUUGGAUAACUGGAUAAGAGAAGUUCAUCUGUGGUGUCCUGAACUGAAUGUCCUUUUUUAUUAUGGAUCCCAAGAAGAUCGGAAGCAUCUCAGAGUGGACAUUAAUAAUAAAGUUGUAGAUUUCAAUGUGAUUGUAACCACGUAUAACUGUGCAAUUAGCAGUUCAGAUGAUAGAAGUCUGUUUCGCAGGCUGAAACUUAACUAUGCAAUUUUUGAUGAAGGUCAUAUGCUAAAGAAUAUGAGCUCUGUACGCUACCAGCACCUCAUGAGGAUUAAUGCAAAGAAUCGCUUACUGCUAACAGGAACUCCGGUUCAGAAUAAUCUGUUGGAAUUGAUGUCUCUCUUGAAUUUUGUCAUGCCGCAUAUGUUUAGUAGUAGCAAGAGUGGAAUCCGAAGGAUGUUUUCUUCAAAAACAAAGAGUGCUGAAGAACAAAGUAUAUAUGAAAAGGAGAGGAUUGCACAUGCAAAGCAGAUAAUAAAGCCAUUCAUCUUGAGAAGAGUAAAAGAUGAGGUCCUUAAGCAACUACCUCCCAAAAAAGAUUUCAUUGAAUUAUGUCCCAUGUCUGAGAAACAGGAGCAACUAUAUUGUGAUCUCUUGAACAAGCUGAAGAAAACUGUAAACGGUAAUGAGAAAAACUCUGAUACGGGAAAUGUAAUGAUGCAACUUAGAAAAAUGGCUAAUCACCCUCUCUUGCAUCGUCAGUAUUACACAACAGACAAGCUCAGGAGAAUGUCCAAGCUUAUGCUCAAGGAACCCACACAUUGCGAUGCUGACCCUGACCUUAUCUUUGAAGAUAUGACAGUAAUGACAGAUUUUGAGCUGCAUUUGCUUUGUGAGCAGUAUUCUCAUGUCAGUGACUUCAAGUUAGACAUGGAUCAGAUUUUGGAUUCUGGAAAAUUUAGAACACUGGAACGCAUUCUCUCUGACCUUAAAGAGAAGGGUGACAGAGUUGUGUUGUUUAGCCAGUUUACUAUGAUACUGGAUAUCUUGGAAGUUCUCCUAAAGCAUCAACAGCUUAGGUAUAUCAGAUUGGAUGGAAAAACACAGAUUUCUGAGAGGAUACAUCUAAUAGAUCAGUUCAAUACAGAUAUGGAUAUAUUUGUAUUCCUCCUGUCAACCAAAGCUGGUGGCUUGGGAAUUAAUCUGACCUCAGCAAACGUCGUUAUUCUUCAUGACAUUGAUUGCAACCCAUACAAUGACAGGCAAGCAGAGGAUCGCUGCCAUAGAGUAGGUCAAACAAGAGAAGUACAAGUCAUAAAGCUAAUCAGUAAAGGGACUAUUGAAGAAUCCAUGCUCAAAAUCAGCCAACGGAAAUUGAAGUUAGAACAAGAUAUGACCGCAGCUGAUUCAGGUGAAGACGGGACCAUUCCAGCAGAUAUAGCCACAUUAUUAAAAGCUUCAUUAGGUCUCUAAAAAGUAAAUAUGUUGUAGAAUUUAAGGAAAAAAGGCAAUGUUGUACCCCAGGGACUCUUACGUUACUGAUGACCAUGAGUUUUAUGACAUUUAUAACUUUUUGUAGUUUCUUUAUUGUAUUUCUCAUGGUAUUGAAAAUUUUUAACACUGAUACCAUUCUUUUGAUCCUUAAAAACAAAAACAUACGUGGCACAAAUGUAGUGGAUCAGAUGCCAAAUAAAUGUUGUUUUACAGAGCAGUUUUCAAAAUGGGGACCUAAGUAGUGAGUGUUUUAACAGAUCUGCUACUGCUUAAGAUUCAUCAGUAUUUUUGUAAUUAUUUCUACCUCCAAAUAUAUGUAUAUAUAUGUGUGUGUGUGUAUAUAUAUAUACACACACACACACACACACACACACAUAUAUAUAUAUAUAUAUAAAAACUGUCUGUUUCACUGGAUUCUCUGUGUAGGUUUUCUUAUAUGUGCCUUAUUUGACAAUGCUUGAGUCUGUUUCUGCUUGUUUUGGUUCAUUUGAUGUACUGUACUGGUUUUGUAUCAGUUUGUUCAAAUAAAAUUCCAUAGAUUAA